ACUGCACGUGUUCAUUUCAAAAUUCGAAAUUUUCAAUUUAUUGAAGUCACUUCUUUCUAAUUUCUCUGUAAAUGUGAAUAUUAUCUUCUAAAAUGGCGACAUCUUUGGCAGAACAGUUGGAAAAACUGAAGGUGCCUCACACCAAACUUAUAAUACCGACAAAAAAGACAAAACCAUCGAUAUUAUUUCACCCGAGUGAAGCCGCUUCCAUCGAUCGCUCUACGUUUUAUGAAAUCGGAAUAAAUGGCUUGAACGAGUUGAUUGAGAAAAGUAAGCAAUUCGAAGAGUUCAAGGAUUCUUUAUUCGAUGAAACUUCCAAAAAUUUUGAACGUGCUAUUGAAACUAGCGAAGUUAAUGAGAAAUUGAAUGCUAUUAUAAAGAAGUUUCUGUACACUCUUUCACCUUACAUGCUUCUGAAACCGUCUAUGAAAGUUCUGGAAUGGUUAAUUACCAGAUUUCAUAUUCAUCUAUUCAACGUCGACGACGUGAUCUGCGCCACUUUACCGUACCAUGGGACUAAUGUAUUUGCUCGAAUAAUUCAAAUAUUCGAUUUGAAAAGCUCUGCGAACAAGAAAUGGGAAUGGUUACAUCCGUUUCAAAAGAAAGGAUUUCAUUUAUCCAAACCUGUCUUAAUUAAUCACUGUGCUUCCGACGUAGCUUUUUUAAAAAUGAUUUGCGAAGUUACUACCGAAGCUGUAGAGUUUUACGGAUCGAACGCCUACCGACUUUCAACUCAUUUUGCCUUCUUCAGCACUACAGUCGUGGGCGCUAUUCAACAUAUGACCGAAAUAACUGAAUUGCAUCUUACUUACAUUUUACCGUCUAUAUUUCUCGGACUGAGUUCUGAUUGCGUUGAUUUCACCGCCUCUGUGCUCGUGAUAAUUGCUUCUAUUCUUUCUAAAGCAUCUUUCCAUGAAAGAAUACAUCGUAAAUUGGUUGAAAAAAUUACUAAGAUACGUCACUCUUCGUUACAAAGUUCAGUGAUCUUACUCCUGAAUAUAUUAUACCAAUCUCAAGAUGAAAAUAAAUCCAGCAUUUCUCCGAGAGCUAUUAAAAACAUUUUGAAAAAUAACGAUUGGUUCGUUUCAAGGUUAUCGGAUUUCAUUAGCUCAGGCAGUUAUCCAAACGUAUUUUAUUUACUGCUGGUCAGAGAUUCUUUGAAAUUUCUUCAAAAACCCGACGCUGAUGUAGAAGAAGUUCAAACUUUCAUUCGUAAUUUAUUAAGUAGCUGUCGAGUGGAUGAUUUAUGUUCCGAGAAAUUAAUCAGAUUAAUAAUCGACGAAGUGAAAAAUAAUCCAGAUGAUUGGAGCUGUGAACUGGUUCAGGGCUUGGAACGUCAGUACCCGGUAUCAUGGGAUAAUGUGAUUUCAUUUCUCUUCAAGGAACAGCCUUCCGAAUCACUUAGCCGUAUUUUGGGUCUUACUUCGGUCGCUUCGCAAAUCCAAAUGUUUGAAAAAUUAAAUCAUGUCAACUCUACCGUCAGAGUGGAAACUCUGAAAUACAUUUCUGAUAAUCCAUCGUCUAUCGAGGCUAAAUAUAUUAAAGAAAGCUUAAUAGCAAGAUGGAACGAUGAAGACCCGAGUGUAAUUCUUGCUAUGUUCUCGUUACCGAAAGAAAUGCGUUUUUGUUCUGUUGAAAUCAUCGAUCGAUUAUUACUGAAAUGUUGGCAAGAGUCGGGAGUUGAAUGGAAUGAGUUACUUCUACGUGUUAUUGAAGAAUUGAGUACAGAAUUCGAUCUGAAAACGAGUUCUGCCAAAUACACGGUUUUAUUAUUUCCGUUUUGGAUUUCGUCUCCGCAACACGUUCAAAAAUCCAUUUUGGGCACUAAUUUACCUUUUUUCAAAUCAAUCAGUAAAAUGAAAUCAACUUUUGCGGCUACAAUGAAAAAAGCCACCUUACCGUCGGCUGAAGAUUUAAUGAUAGCGUACGAAGAACUUCCAAAGGAAAGUGUGAAUCUAGUGACAUUUUCGUUGUUUCUUAGCAGCAGUUAUGCAUCGCCCAAGGAGAAAAAUAAAUCUAAAAUUUUAUCUUUCGUAACGGAGGAAGUAUUAGGAUCCAAUUUGCAUAAACUUAAAUGGAAGGAGAGUGAUGUCUGGGAUGACGUUUCAAUUGAGAAAUAUUACGUCAAAACCAAACUGGGCAAAUUUCCUCGAGAAGUGAUCCAUAAAUUUUUCGUAUCUGUGAUCGAAAGUACAACUGUACCGAAACACUUCAAUUCCACUGGCUGGUGGGAUUUCUCGGACGAAUUUUCAACUUUGGUUUCCCAUUUAUACAAAUGUAUAAAUUCGUGCUUCUCUUUCGACGAAGAAACGAAGUGUAAUUCGUUUAUUUCUCUGUUUAUCGAGAAACACUUCAAAACUCUCGCCAAUAAGAUCACUUUUCUAUGCAAUAUAUGCAUACAACAUAAAGCUGAUCCAUCGGUUCAAAGAUGUACGUUUAGAAUGAUCAAUCUGCUAUUGAAAAAUACGGACGAAAGUUACUCCUGGGCAACGAGUAUGAAAUCGGAUAAUAUUCUGGUACCUUGCGUAUUGAUAUUUUUAUACUCAGAAGACUCGAAUCUUCGUGCCCACGUUAUGGAGACUGUAGAAAUCAUCGCUACAUCGUUGAGUUCUGCUUUGGCUACGGAUCUUACGUACUUAAAUCUACUCAAGUACAUUUUGCAGUACAAAAGUGAGAUUAUAUUGGAUAAAGAACAGUUGCUCUCGACCAUGUAUGCUUUUCUGGCCCAAGAUAAAGAUAUCCAGUCUCUGCUUCCGGUAUCUGUGCGAUGUUUCACGAAACAAAUUCUCGAAAACAUUAUCAACUAUAUCACAGAUCCAGCAACACCGCUAUCUGUUUCGGCAUCUUUGAUUGUUACCCUGGAGUACAUAAAAGAUACCAGUUCGAUUGAAAAAUUAGUCAAAUACGCCGACGGUAUCGUUAGAAAUGGCGAUUCGCAUGACAAAGAUGCCAGUUUCAUUAUCCAAAACGUAAUUGAUAAAUUACACGCUGAUAACAUGGAAGUGUACAAAAUCUCCUGUAUUCGGGAUUUCAUCGUUUAUUGUUUGAAAAAUGGAUCAAAAAUCAAAAUCCAAACGACACGUGGAACGAGUUGCGCGAAUGCUUCGCUUUUACGUAAACUAGCCGUCGACAUAUUCGAUCAAAUUGAUGGAGAUUUGAAAAAAAUCGUAUUGAAUUCGAUUCUGAAGAUUUGUUCCGAAGGCGAUGACAUCGAUUUAAUCUCAGCUGCUAAUAGUUUCGUGAAAAAGAUCACGUUGGAUUGCGAUUUAUUAAUUUCAUACUUAGAAACAAUGAUAAAUGCCACCAAGGAGAAAAGAAGAUCGAACGAAUUGACCACGGGUAUUUUAGAAACCACCGAAUGGAAAUGUGGAGUAGCGCUCAUGGAACUGAUUCAGAAUAAGAAGAAGAUCUACAACUGUCAUUCGAUUUUACCAGUGUUAUUCGACGUGCUUCAGAAAUGCUGCGAAAUAGAUGACGAAGUAGCCGUCGAAUACGCCAAGCAAGUUUGCCUCUCUUGUGCUCUGAAUUGCUCGCAGAAAUUAAUCGCUGAAAAACGCGCAGAUAUCGAGAAAUUAUUUAAUGUCGAAUUGAUCGUCAGUUGCAUUCGAAUGUCACCUAAUCCUCAAACUCAUCAUCACGCUUUACUUUUGCUCGCUCAUUGCGCUACUUUCGCUCCUAAUCGCGUGCUUCAUAAUAUAAUGGCUAUUUUCACCUUUAUGGGAUCUUCAAUUUUGCGACAAGAUGACGCGUUCAGUUUUCAAAUCAUUUCCAAUAUUUUGGAAACAAUCGUACCGCUUUUGGUUAAAAAUAAUCAGAAUGAUUCGAACGCCUUAACCAGCGCAUCGAUUACGUCUGUUUUGAGAGUAUUUGCUUCGAGUAUACCGGAUAUUCCAGAGCAUAGACGGAUACCAUUGCUGUUGAAAUUGAUGAAAAUUCUUUGCGACGGAGAUUAUCUGCACGUAUUGGUUAUUUUGUCGCUCGAAUGUAGCGCCAAAUGUUCCGUCAGUAAUAAAGCUGUCGGUGCGAAAUUCAUCGAAGUUGUUCAAGAAUUAUGCCUGCUGUUACCGGUUCGAGUUUUGCUGGCAAGUUUCCAGAAAUUAAUGGUGCUGAUAAAUGCUUUGCCUCAUAGUUUGGAUGAGAUGAAUAAUAAAACUACCCCAUUCGAUAAUUUAAUAAAUUUGAAGAAAUAUACCAACAAAGAACUCUGCCAUUUUAAUUACAUUAUGUUGAAUUUUAUUUCAACCAUUUUAUCGAACAGUAAAUUCAUUAAUCAGGCAACGUCGAUCGAAAAAUACGAAUUGAAGUUGUUCGAAAAUCACUUCAAAGGAAUCAUCGAGCAGACUUUAUUGUACGUGAAAUCUGUCACCGAAUACAGUUCCAACGCUAAAAAUGCUAAAAAUGCUUCGGUCAAAUAUUGGAAAGUCGUUAUUUCUCAAGCACUAGAAAUAUUGAACAAAACAAACGCUUUGUUGACCAGAGAAACGUUCUUAUCGGUCGUUAAAGAUUUGCUGAACCAUGAAUGCUUAACCGUUCGUCGAAAAACGAUGGAAUCGUUGAAUUAUCGUUUGCAACAAACCAAAGAAGAUGGAACCAAGGAGAGUUUCACCGCCGAUGAAUUGAUUCCGUUGAUUCCACUUUUAAUGAAUGUCGUCGAUACGAUUUCAAAUCAAUCGGAAGAUGAUGCAUUCGAUUUGAAGCUGAAUCAGCAAAUAGCUCUCAUAUCGUUGAAAUUAGUUACCAGAUUUUGUAACGCGUUCGAUCAUCCCGAUGAAUUCAAACAGGUGUUAUCGAAAUUGACAGUCGUUAUGCACGAUAAUCCUCGAAUGAAUGAUCAUGUUUUAUCAUGUUUAGUUCUUAGCAUCGCUGAACUAAUAUCAUCGUUGAAGAUACACGCUGUCGAAUCUUUACCCAAAUUUAUGCCUGCAUUUUUACAUAUAUUUAAAAAAUUCAAAGACGAGGAACUGGCUCAAAACGACGUGAUACUAUUAAGUGUAAUCACAGCGCUGCAAAAAAUCAUCGAAAUUAUACCCAAUUUUCUGAGUCCUUACUUGGAAACAAUAUUAUUCGAGGUGUGUCGUUUAACCGAGAAACUAGCUAGAGCCGAAGCAUCCAAACAGAAAAAUAACGAAGAUGUUAAACUAUCCAAUACAGCUCAUAAAUUGAAAUCAAUCAGGCAAAAAAUAUCUUCAGAAAUACCUUCUCGAGUUUUGCUCCCAGCUACUUCUUCGUGCUUUACGAAAUUCUGCAAUGAGUCAAAUUACACAGCUAUCGAGUAUUUAAUGAACAUUUUGGCGGAGAGUUUUCCCACCAAUGGUCAAUUUUCUGUCGAUCUGAUUACCUUAUUCACGACUGUGCUCGAUUUUCGUUGCACUUCCGAAGUAUCUGAAGAAAUUGUCAAUCAAGUGGAAGAUUACGUGAUAGAUUCUUUAUGCAAAAUUGUAUUGAAAUGUUCCGAAUCAACUUUCCGUCCGUUUUAUUACAAAUUGUUCGAAUGGGGAAUUAUCCCUUCGAAGGAUGUUUCUAAAAAGAAGAGAGUUAUUACUUAUUACAAAAUCCUGAGCCAAGUAUCGGAAAAAUUGAAAAGUAUCUUUGUAUUAUUUGCUUCAAAUUUCAUUCGAAAUGCUGCCGAAUUAUUGGAUAAAAAUAACAUCAGCAAAUGUGGAGGCGACGAAGAUAAUUUAUAUUUUCCAAAUGAUGUUGAAAAAACGUUGUUGUUAGUCGAUUCAAUUUUGAUCACGUUGCGUAAUAUAUUCAAAUACGAUACCAUCAAAUUUCUCUCGAAGGAAAGAUUCAAUUUAUUGAUCACACCGUUGGUAGAUCAGAUUGAAAAUGUAAUCGGCGAUUACGAGAAAAGAAGCGAAGAAAUUAUUGUUCCUUGUUUAUCACAUUUUGCCUCAGCUACCACCGAUGAUUUUCUAUGGAAGCAGUUCAAUUAUUCUAUUUUGCUUAAAACAAGACACGUUUCUCCGGAAGUAAGGCUGACUGGUCUCGAAACUGUUUGUAUGUUCGCUACUCAACUUGGAGAUAAUUUCUUACCAUUUUUACCGGAAACAGUUCAGUUUUUGAUGGAAUUAUUGGAAGAUGAAAAUGAAAUUGUUGAAAAAAGGACACACAAGGCGAUUCAAAAACUUGAACAAGUUUUAAACGAACCGAUACAGAAAUAUUUUUAGUUUCUGAUUUUUGUUAAUUUUAUUGACUUUUAAUAAACUGAGUUUUCGUUUUGUAAA